GUUAAAUAACAUUUGUUGAAAUGGCAGGAUAUUCAAGUUCCUCCUACAAUUUAACAAGCUAUGAAGAACUGUUCUUUAAUAUGACAAUAGAGGAAAAGGCUAGAACAGCUGCGUUUUUAAAUCAUUUACUUAACGAAAAAUUAGAGUUUAAAAGGUGCCAAGACGAAGUAGAAGACAUUAAACAAUCUACACAAGAAUGCCUGGAAUUAUUUUGUUCAACAUUAGGAAAAUUGAACCCGGCUUUUAAGGUAGGCAGGGUUUUUCCAGUUGGGAGUAUGGCUGAAGGCACGCGCAUUGUUGAACCCAGCGAGUUCGAUUUCAUCGUGGCUUUGAAAGAAUGGUCAGGAAAUGUGGAUGUGAAGAGAAUAACGCAUGCUGGUGGAUGGAUACGAAAAAGAUUUAAGCAUGAAGAGGCAUUACAAACAUUCCCAGUUGUGAAACAAGAACACGCUUUAAUAAAGUUUCCAAAUAAAGAAGGGUACAAAGGAAACAGUGAUAUAUGUGCCUUCCUCGAUAAAGCCAAUGGAUCGUUUUGGGACUAUAAACACUAUGAAAAGAAAAUAUUUACGAAUGCAUUUGAAGCAUGCAAAGAGGUACGCAUUGAAAAAUCUUCUGGAAUAAUGAUGUUCAACGGAUCACCUGAUUUUCACGGUCCUGUUUACAGUGUUGAAAUUAUGUGGAAACCGAAGAAUGAUCACUCACCAUCUUUAAAGGUGGAUGUUGAUAUUGCUCCAGCAAUAUUCGUUGAGGACGUUAGAAAGGUAUUUUCUGAAAAAGAUGUGUAUGGGUUGUCAGAAAGAAAUACAAAAAAGAUCUUGGAGGUCAACAGUUUUUUGCUGAUGCCAGCAAGAAAAUGCUUUGAGAGCAUGAUGCACUAUCAAUUUGCCUUCACAAACACAGAAGUAGAACUUAUCCAACAGCUCUCAGAAACUCAUAAAAACUGUAUAAAACUUCUGAAGUUUUUCUUUCGUGACCAUACAGUGAUAUCCUCUUUCAUCCUGAAGACGUGUGUCCUCAUACAUAGCGGCAACUGUGACUCCAAAGACAGUGAAUAUGAAUGUCUCUUCGAUGUCUUAAAAGUCUUAGUAAGGGGCCUUCCGAUACUCGAUAAAAAGGUUGGAGGUAGGCUGGGGUUUUGUAAUCUUUUCAUGGAUUCAAAUCUGAUUCAGCAGCGACUUUAUGAGCCAGUCGAGGUAAACAGGAUUCGACAAUACAUGUUGGACAUAAUGACAACUUUGAUUGAAAUUGGAAAACACACCUCUCCAAAUUCAUUCAACGUUGGUUAUGCACGUUGUAAAAGUCUUACCCGGGCUGAAUCAAAACAAGAUGAGAAACAACCCUAUACGACUGAAGACAGUAUUAUCGACGCUGGAAUGUAUAAACUUAGAAUGUAACAUUAAUUUUUAAAUAUUAUUCUAUCACAGGGUGGUGCAUGAAUCAGCAUUGAUCAACCAAUAGCAUGGAACAACGAUUGUAUUUGAGCGUUUGUUUUCGUUCAUUGAAAUAUUAAGUGUUUUGUGUACCUUUGAAAUCUUAAAAGAUGUGAUAUAUAUGUUGUU